GCAUUAAGCCUGAACGCUGCUGGCAGCCAGGGACUCAUAUUCAUUUGGUUGUUGAGUGAACCAGCCAGGCUUUGGAUCUUUCCCUUCACUCACAUUUUUUUUUCCCUUUUACUCCUUCCAGAAAAUCAGGAAUUACUUGAACCAGCUCCUUUUUUAGUGUGUGUGGAAGGUUGCGGGGUGGGGAGGGGGUCAGGAGACUUCGUUCCCAACCUCGGCACGCUUCUGCUGAUCUGCACUUGCUCCCACUUGGGAUACCCAGACAAAGGUCUCGUGGAUGACCUCUCCAAACUAACUUUAGCUUUUCACCGCAUUCACUCAGAGGGCGGUGAAUUGAAUGGGCAUUUUCCAGAGUUUGGAUGUUUCCACGCUGAGAGCUACCGGAUAAGAUGGUGCCCCUGCAGAAAAGGGAUCAGUUUGAUAACUUGGAGAAGCACACGCAGUGGGGGAUCGAGUUUGUGGAGAAGUACAACAAAUUUGUGAAGGAGCGAUCGGAGAUCGAAAUCAACUAUGCAAAGCAAAUUAGGAAUCUUUCAAAGAAAUAUCAACCCAAGAAGAACUCAAGGGAAGAAGAAGAGAGCAAGUUCUCCUUCUGUCGAGCCUUCUUCACGACCCUUAAUGAGUUGAACGACUACGCAGGUCAGCACGAGGUCAUAGCGGAGAACCUGACCUCCCAAAUCUUCGUCGAGCUUACGCGCUACCUGCAGGAGCUCAAGGCUGAGAGGAAAACGCAUUUCCAUGAUGGACGCAAAGCACAGCAGUACAUUGAAAGCUCGUGGAAGCAGCUGGAAUCGUGUAAAAGAAGGUUUGAGAGGGACUGCAAAGAGGCAGACAGAGCACAGCAAUACUUUGAGAAGAUGGACGCUGACAUUAACGUGACUAAAGCUGAUGUGGAAAAGCGAGGCUUGAACAAGGCACGACAGCAAGCUCAGAUGAGGCACCAGAUGGCUUCUGACAGCAAGGGCGAUUACUCGUCCUACCUGCAAAAGUUCAACCAGGAGCAGAACGAUCAUUACCACACAAUAAUUCCCAACAUAUUUCAGAAACUUCAAGACAUGGAGGAGAAAAGGAUCGAGAGAAUAGGAGCGUGCAUGAAGACGUUCGCAGAGGUGGACCGCCAAGUGCUGCCCAUCGUGGGGAAAUGUUUAGACGGCAUGACUACAGCCGCCGAGUCCAUCGAGCCCAAGACUGACUCCCAGCAGGUGGUGGAGUCCUACAAGUCUGGCUUUGAGCCACCGAGCGACGUGGAGUUCGAGGACUACGGUCAGGCCAUGAAGAGGACGGUGUCCGAGAACAGCCUGUCCAACGCCAAAGAGGGCAAAGAGAAGCCCGCUGGCAAGAGCAAGCCCAAACUGUGGCCUUUCAUUAAGAACAAGAACAAGCUUAUCUCCCUGUUAACGUCCCCCCGUCAGCCCCCACCUGCCCCCCCAGCCUCAUCUCUGCCCUCACCCUCUGCUGUUCCCAACGACCCCCAGUCUCCCAAGCAGCACAAGGAGCCCCUCUCCCACCGCCUCAACGACUUCAUGGCCUCCAAACCCAAAAUGCACUGCCUCCGGAGCCUGAGGCGAGGGCAGCAGUCCCCGCGCUCGCUCAUUUAUCACAAAGAGCUCAUGAAGAGGACUCUGGGUCAACCCACAUAUGCUUUCGAAGCAAGGCAAUAUGUUCUUUCUCUCAAGCUGAUCACACUCAAUUCCCACGUCCGGAGUCUCAUUGAGGGAUCUGGACCAGAGGACUUCAGUCAUCUGCCACCAGAGCAAAGGAGGAAGAAACUGCAGGGCAAGAUUGACGACCUCAAUAAAGAUAUUCACAAAGAGAUGGACCAGAGGGAUGCACUGACCAAGAUGAAAGACGUGUACAUAAAGAACCCCCAGAUGGGCGACCCGACCAGCGUGGACCCCCGGCUGACGGAAAUAGCCCAGAGCAUCGAGAAGCUCCAGGCUGAAGUGCAGAAGUUUGAGGGCUGGUUAGCGGAAGUAGAGGAGAGGAUGCCUUCGAAGAGCGACUCGCACCGUAGAAGCGGACUUUACGAGACUCAGAGCAACAUAGCAGUGAGCAACAACUGUGCGCAAGAUAGAGAGAGGCCCCUGAGCAGCCCGGAUGGCAGCUACACAGAGGAGCAGAAUACAGAAACUCAGGUCAAAGCCAACAUCAAUCCCACCCCCAACCCCAACACCAUCCCCACCACCAUGCCGGACGACGAGGAAUUUGACGACGACGACGAGCCGCUGGCCACCAUCGGCACCUGCAAAGCGCUGUACCCUUUCGAAGGUCAUAACGAAGGCACCAUCGCCGUGGCCGAGGGCGAGCUUCUGUACGUCAUAGAAGAAGACAAAGGAGACGGCUGGACGCGGGUUCGGAGGAACCAGGACGAAGAAGGAUACGUCCCAACGUCCUACAUUGAGGUCAAUCUGGAACCGAAUGCCAAAGGUGCUAUGACGUACAUCUAACUUGGCAAGCUCACCCUGUGACAGAUUUAUUUUUUAUUUUUUUUUUGCUACUUUAAUCAAUAUCUUUCCAUUGACUGGGUCAAAGAUUAUAGAUUGUUAAUAGCCGCUCGGAAAGAUGCACUUCCCGUCUCCGUAGAGGGAAGGACCAAUCAUAUUUGUCUGCUGUGCCUCACGACAGUUGAUGCAGGGAGCGUGCCUUUUAAUUCUGAGGUCCAUUGUGUGAAGACUGUGAGGACAAGGCGCACAUUUUCACUGCAGUGCCACCUAGUGGUCGUACAACACGAGUCAUGACACCUCCAGUCAAAGCUGUGGGACAAAUCAGCUGCUGACAAUGAUCACCAAUACAUUUCAAACACAAACCUCUUGAUUACACUUGAGUUAGAAUCUUAAAUGUUAGAAUAUGGACUUGAAUUAUCAUAAUAUUAAUCAAGGGGUCUGAUCCAUCACCUGAAAGACUGUCUGAAUCAUGUGUUUUUGUAACUCGUUGCACCCAAACGACAAACGUGCUCAAUGUGCAAUCAUACAAAACGCUGUCGAGAUCUGCUGUAUUAAUUUUAUGUCUUCAGUUACUUUUUGUAGGCCGAUCAGAAAUAGAAACACAAUAAAAUCCGUGACCUCAACUCUAAAAAUGUUGCAUGCCUUUAAUAUUAUAGAUGCUGGCGCAUCAAGAAAUGUAAAACCAAUUAUUCCCAAUGAGGGUUGAUUUUAUAAGAAUAGUAAUCAAGUUUACUGCUUUUUUUUUAUUGCUCUUUUUCCACAUUCUCGAUUCACUUUUUGAUAACUGUAUUGUUGGCCUGCUCUGGAUCUUUCUCUCCAGGCCAGUGGUAAAGGAAUAAAGGAAAAAGAAAUCAGCCACUCUCAGCUCUAUGGUGAGACUGAGCUGAGGUUGCGACUUUUUAAAGCUCCGUGGUGUCUUGCAUGGGUCUUCUAGCAACACCGUCUGUCAUUCCACUUCACUGCCACAUAAUAUUUCACGCAACAAAUCAGACUGACUACUUCUCAGAUUAGUACAAAGGCCUCAGUUUGGCUUUCACAGGGUUUGUUAUGGCACUUUUUUUUUAUUUACCAGAGAGUUUUUGAGGAGUGUUGCAUGCUGCAGCAUCUGUGAGUGUUUUGUCAUGACUUGGAGUUAGCAUGUUGUGACAAAGUGCGGUGGCUGCUUGCUAGCAUAAACUCACGUCAGAUAACGGCUAAAUAAACUGAUGAUUGUAGCUUUACGGACAUAUCUUUGGUCGAUCUACAGACAUUCAGUGCCUUGAUCAAAAUCAAGUCAGACUUUUUCAUCCUGUUUCGCAUUUUACCACAUUACCGCCAGAGAAUUUAAACUUUAAAGUGGAAGGAAAAUGAUGGUUUACAAAAUUGCUUUUGCAUUUAUAUUCAACCUCCCUUGACAACACUUGAGGCAUGUUUUUCUGCAGUCAGAUGGAAGCAUUUUGGGGGCUAGUCUAAUAAUAUUUUUAUGUAGUCUCUGUAAAAUAGGUGUUUCAAGCAGAUCAAGGGUCGCUGCCAUCUUUAGAUCGUAGAGAGAGUUAAAUGUUUGGGAUUUUUUUCAGCCAAGUUAAAACUGUAUAACUUUAUUUUUAGUUUUUAGUCCAUCCAGUGCUGGUUCCUGGUUCCAUUUCUUUAUUAAUGUUAUCCAACAAACUUUUUAUUUAAGGUAACAGAUUGAAGGGGGAUGAAUGUAAAUGGUUGCCACUCACGACUUUUUAUGUUCACAUUUUGUUCAUCCAGCUCACAAAAUCUGUAUAUUAAUAAAAUACAUAAAAGUUUGUGGUGGUAAAAUGGUAAAAUGUGGAAAAGCUGAAUGGGUAUGAAUAAUUUUGCAAAGCACCAUACAUUAUAACACAUUAUUAUUACUUCUAACAGUUUCACAUAUACCACAACCCCUCUUCUAUCCAUAUUUAAAUAUUUGGGAUCUUCGAGUUUUUCCUUUAAGACUAACUUUCUUCUUUUUUUUUGUCAUCUUUUUUUUUGUUUCUUUGUUCGUUUGUGUGUAUUCUUUCAAAUUGCAGAUUCCUAAAAGCGAGAGGCUGGCAGAGGAAUGGCAGGGCAAGCAGCCGCGGCGAAAACCACGGUGUGAAAAAGUGAAAGAUGGGCUCAGUCUUUAAAGAAAGAAAUAUCUGAGAAAGAGAGAGCGAUGGAUGAUAAGAAUGCCGCUGAAAUUCAAACAUUUUGACAAAAAAAUAAAAAAAUUUAUCAGCAGUGUUGAGCUUCCUCCGCUGAACAAGAGAUUGGUUUUACCUCUCAUAACAUUCUCCAUUUUAACCCCCCUUCCCUCCCACCACCACCACUCAGAUGACAGUACACAAUUUGAUCCUUGGUGUUUUACAGCAGAGCUUUGCUUCUUAAUGUCACUAACUCUGCUUGCGGCGAUGAAGAGGCUUUUUUUUUGGCAUCCUUUCUCCAAACGCCCCUCGCUGCCAAUUGCCCGGCUCUUUUUUUUUUCUCUCUCUCUCUCUUCUGCCUAAUUCCUUGUGGCACUCACAAUUACGGGAAAGUGUGUGGUCAGAAACAGGACGGAAGAGCAGCAGGAGCCCGAAGGGGGACUUUAAAACACAGCCGCACGAAGCCGUAAACUUCCUAAAACAAGUCAUCCCAGUCUCAUCGCCUUCACCUUUCACUCCUUAAAAAAAGUAUUU